AUAGAAUGCCUCGAAUGCUUCAGUUGUGCAUGUACUGGUGAGUUGCACAAUCUUCUCGGUUUGAAUGGAAAGUUGGCUGCUAAAGGCAAGCACGUCAAGCUAAUAAAAGAUGUUGUAUGUAAAACGAUACAAAAAUUUGUAAAAAAUCCACAAGAUGUUCGAUUAUCAAUAACGGUAGCUUUUCAACCACGGAUCACGGCCAAGGUCGCCUCCCAUGAGCACGAAGCCAUUGCAACAAUAGAAGUGGACAAGCCGGGUAAUUUCUAUCCAGGAGGACAAGAACAACGCUGGAGAGAUCGAGAGUUGGAAGUGCUGAGGAAGGUGGAACAGGAUAAGGAAAAUGAAAGAAAAGAGAUGCGCAAGAAAGCGUUCAACAACGAGGACAAAACAAAGCAGAAAACAGAACUUGGCGUCAAACGGCCACCAAGUACAACCACCGAUACCAAAUGUCCUCUAGCAAGAGCAGCCCCGCCUCCUCCACUGAAAGCAGAGGUUCGACGACUGCCUACCGGGGAAUUGUACGCUGUUCGUGAAUUGGUUGGAUAUAAAGCCGCUGGAUCACCUGCUACAACACCAUCUCGGGGUCUGCCGUUCUCGGGAUCCCCAGUGGUGAUAGAAGAAGAAAAGGCAGUAUUUUUUGGGCAGAGACGUCCAUCUACAGAAGAAAUGUUUGCUGUCCGUGAACUGGGGGCACGAAGAGAUGAUGAUACUGAUCGUGAUGGAUCGUCGAUGGAGAUUAUCGAUAUACUAUCCGAAGUGGAAGCCGAUAUAAUAGAAGAGAAAAAGUGUACUAGUUAUGUGGGAUUGCCGUCACCCUGUGUGAUCAAAGCAAAGGGACCCAUGAAGAAACGAGGAUCGAUAAAAUUGGAAGAUGACGGACGCUCUCAGAAAGUCAUCGCUUAUAUUACGCACAUUCGUGAUUAG